AUGUGUGGCAGUGGUUUUGACCACAGCUCCAACAAUUCCCCGAACAUGAGUAUUUCGCCGGUAAGUCAAAUCGAUGUUUAGUUGAUCCGUCGUAAAAUAGUGGUUGGGUUGAGAGGAGCUCUUCUCCAUUGAGUUCACAUUUUACAGAUCAAACGAGAAAUUGGUGCUUUGAGCAAAAAGUUGGAGCAGUUAGAGAUCAUGGUCGAGAAUGUUAACUCGAAUCCCAAUGUGAGUCUUUGUUUUCAUAUUAUUACAGGCAAUCAUCGAACUCAUGCCACGACCUAGAGCCAACCUAGCAUCGCAAAAAUUUGCGGACUAUUAUUAUCUUUUUAUGAUUUUGAUUUCUUCAUUUUCAGAGGUACUGGAAUACCCCAUUUACCUUCCUGAUCAUCACCAAUGCCAAUAAAUCGGAAUUCAAGGUAUUCAAAGCAAAUGUCCCCGCAAUCAAGGGGAAUCUCCAAACGCUGGCAGAGUUUGCAUACAUCAGUCAUCCCGAGAUGCAGCCCGAAUACCAGGAUCAUUGGGUUCUUGUGAUUGGGAGAUGGAACAAAACUCGAUGGGAGGUGGCAUCCGGGAAGGGAGAAUUGUCUCAUGACGACGAAUACUUGGUCAUAAUGACAAGAAAGAGGUUUAGAACGGUAAGAUUUAGCACAUUAUUUAACCGACAGCCAGAUGGAUGCGACAAAUCCACAUUAUCUUCCCGACAGACUGAGAGCUGCGGCAAAUCCACAUUACUUCCCCGACAGAAUGAUAGAUGCGACAUAUCCACAUUAUUUUCCCGACAGACUGAGAGUAAAUUUUUGUUUCAGUACUUGACAAACGGAGCUAUUUUUGCAUUGGAAUCCUUUUUUUGCUCUUGGGACACCAGUGUGUUGGUGACUGCUAUAUUUGCGACAGAAUUUCUCUACAAUUACCAAUGGAAACGGGUCGAUAACGAACCGGUAAGAAUCUUUAUAAAGAUUGCAUUUCACAUAACACAUUGCUAUAACCUUGGUCGUUUAGUGCACAGCCAACGCAACACAGGUAGAGAGUGAGUGUUGGGGAGUCAAAAAAGUGGUUUGCAAGUCCAAGAAGACUUUCCUCGAGGUCUAUUUCGAGACAAAGAAGACGAUAAGUGACAGCAUAGUCCGGUUUGUGAAGGAUGGCUCAAGACGCAUGAGCCCACUGAACGCUAUUUGUGCAGGCGCUGAUGAACUGAAUUUUAAUAUGCGAUGUAUCUUUGAUCAUGUAAGCCGUUCGUUUCUCAAAAGGAAAUUGUCGAUUUAGCUUGUAUUAAAGAUCUUAUGCAAAAUCGGGGAAGACAACUAUCAACGCCUAAUAUUUGAAUACGGCAACAGUCACAACACAGGCAACAGUCUUUUUCAAGUUGUUAAUGGCAUCAACCUGGACGGUAACAACUUUUCUUGGCCGAGGGGAAGUGAGCUGGUCUCCAAGAAGGUCGAAAAGAAAGAGGUAAUAAAUAUUUAUUAUAAUGCUUACUUAAUUUAUAAACUUUAAUUUAGGGUAAAACAGUGCAUCACUUUAUUUACGGAGCCGAUGCCAAUCGCAAGAUCAUCACUCUGCAUGUCCACAAUGACAGUAGUUUAUUGGACGUGAUACCAGAGCUCUCAGACAAGUUUGAAAUCCCAAUCUCGCGAAUUGGAUCCCGCUUAGUACAUCUUUUCGAAGGAGAAUUCGUCGUGACCAAAUAUGUGAAGGACGUGCACAAACUGGCUGAAUUUGCCGCUUAUUUGUUUGAAUGA